CCCUUAGUAACAAGGAGCAAGGACUCCUGUGACUCACUGUGAUACAGUGAGUACCUACAGGAAUGGGCACUGAGGCUAUGGGGAAGAAGCCAUGGGUAAGGGGCCUUCCUGCCGUUCUGAGCUCUGACAUUCAGCACUGGGGCAGGCUCAUUGUAUCCCCAGAGCCACAAAAUAGGGGGGCAAGGAAGGGCUCACAUGUUUGUUGAAUGAGUGAAGAAUGCAUGGAGGAAGGGGGUUGCUGAAGAGAGGGAGGAGCCAUCCAGAACCUGCAGCAGCCUUCAUUGAAUAGAGCUAGGGUUAUACGUGUAUUCCAUUCUCAGUGGAGAUAAAGUGGAUAGAGGGCGGGGUGUGGAGAUGGCCAAGUUCCAAUGUUUCAGGUGACGUGGUGUCCUUUGUCUACCAUCCCCCCAUCCAUCAGUCCCCUAAUUCUAUCUGUGACAGCUCAUCGUAAACUGGGAGACUGAACAACCUAGGAACACUUGCUGAAAAAGCUCUGUAGAGAUGUCAGUGAGAGAUUUGGACCCACAGCUCCUAGGUCCUUGAAUACUCUAGGCAAGAUUGCUGAGCAUGCGCAAGAGCACAGGGGAGUAGUGCACCCAGGCUCCCUGCUAUGGCUCACUGCACACAUACAGGAGGCAGCGUGAGCAUCAGGGAGACCCUGCAAAGCAAAGAGGACACAAAUGUGAGUGUGCCUGGAGGUGGGGGCUCUAAGGCACUGCCCCAGAGUCCAUUACCACAAGCCUCUCAGCCCUUGGAGGUCCAGACCCACCUGCCCCCACUCCUCUAUUUUGCACCUUACUGUGUGCAGACAUUGGGCCUGGCACUGAGGAUACAGAAGGGGUCAAGCACAGCUGCUAUUCCUGGAGCCCAUGUCUAGGUGGGAAAAGCUCAGAAAUUGAUCAUUUAAAAAUACAACUGGAUAAAGCUGCUGGGGGUGGGGGACCACAUCAAAGUAGUCUUUAUAUUCAUACACCUAGUGCAAUUAUCUGGUACAUACAAGACAUUGAAUAGAUGUUUCUUGAAUAAAUCCUCUAAUUUCCAGAUGAGUGCCCUGGUGGAGGAUGCACAGGUUAUCUUAAGAAUGCCAAGAAAUGGCUGGGGGCGCGGUGGCUCACGUCUGUAAUCCCAGCACUUUGGGAGGCCAAGGUGGACGGAUCACUUGAGGUCAGGAGUUUGAGACCAGCCUGGUCAACAUGGUGAAACCUAGUCUCUACUAAAAAUACAAAAAUUAGCUGGGCAUGGUGGUGCACACCUGUAGUCCAAGCUACUUGGGAGGUUGAGGCACGAGAAUCACUUGGACCUGGGAGACAGAGGUUGCAGUGAGCCGAGAUCAUGCCGCUGCACUCCAACUUGGGUGACAGAGGGAGAUUCUGAUACAAAACAAAACAAAACAAACAAUGCCCAGAAAAGAUCCUGACUUGUGGUGGUCUUGGUGGGGUGUCAGGAAAACUUCCUACCCAGGAGGGGAGGGGGAUAGCUGGGCAAAGUAUGGAGGCUGGAAACUGCAUCUUACGUGCUGUGCCACGAGUCUUGUUGUGUUACAAGAUAGUGAGGGCAGGAAUUGGAGGAGUGAGGCUGGAGGAGUCAGCGGGGACCUCACUAUGGAGGGCCUUCCAUGCCCUGUUAGGAGCUGGGGCUCUAUGAUGAAGCCUUUGUGGGAGUUUAGGGGGCCGAGGACAGGACUGAUUUGCAAGUUAAGAAUUCACACAAUGGCCCUGCUUUGUGGCUCAUGCCUGUAAUCCUUGCGCUUUGGGAGGCUGAGGCAGGAGGAUCCCUUGAGCCCAGGAGUUCCGAGACCAGCCUGGGCAGCAGAAGGAGACCCUGUCUCUUAAAAAAACAAAAAAUUCACACAUUGACUCAACAAAUCUUUACUGAACACUUAUUAUGCCCUAGUUGCCAUGGGGACAAUGUAUGGACCUUGCAGUCUAGUUGGGGGAGACAGUAAAAAGUCCGAGCUGCAGUGUGCUGUGGGGCAGAUAGGAGGAGUCCCUAAUGGGGACACCACUAAGGGGUGUGACUCGGAGUCAGGGAGGGCUUCCCAAAGGCGCCUGACAGCAGGAGGAGUGCAGGCCGCGAUCAGAAGGAGAGCCAGAGCCAAGCUUCCUUGGGGGAAAUGGAAUAAGUGCAGGUAGGCAGGGCCCCAGUGUUGGGGGGCAAGGAUGGGGGCUGGAGGACCAGCAAGAGAGGAGGAGGGUCUGGACUUGCACUGGAGUGGGAGAAUGGGAUGAUGGAUUCAUUUAAUAAAUACUAAACUUUAGUAUUUGGUAGACAAGAGGAGAAUUUAGGAAUUGAGGCCAGGCAUGGUGGCUCAUUCCUGUCAUCACAGCACUUUGGGAGGUGGUGGCAGAGGCGGAGGCUGGAGUUGGAGACCAGCCUGCGCAACACAGCAAGACCCCUAUCUGCACAAAAGAAAAUAAAAAAAGAGAAUGUAGGAAUUGAUUGAAUAUCGAAGUUAAUGGAGAGCAAGGGGUCUAGGGCUUUUCAUAAAGGGGAACGGUUAGGGAGUACAUGAAUUAGAAGAGAUGUUGGUAACUUGUUCAGUUUGAGGUAUUAGUGGCUAUUAGGAGGCCUAGGGCAGGAGCUACAAUGUAAAGGCCCAGAAUCCUAGCCUCCUGGGGGGCUGAGAACCCCCUUCCUGGGUGUUGCAAGCCCUCUUACCCCAGUUCCUGAGUUUCAUGAAACCCUCCAACAAGUGCCAUGUCGGAGUCCCCGUCUCCGUCGCUGGGUGUUGGCAGCCCCCUUGUCCCCAGUCCCCUCGUCCACUAGGCUUCCCGAGUGUUCGGAGCCUCCUCCCUCCCACAAUCCGCGGGCGUUCGGAACCCCUCCCCCAUCGCCGGCGCGGAGCCCGUCCCCGUCCCCGUCCCCGCACAGUCCUCGGUCCCUGGUUCCCGCCAGGGAUGGCGGCGCGAACUCUGGCGGGCGCCUUGGUCCUGGCGCUCUGGGUUUGGGCGCUGGCUCCGGCGGGGGCCGUGGACGCUAUGGGCCCUCACGCAGCCGUCCGUCUGGCCGAGCUGCUGACCCCGGAGGAGUGCGGCCAUUUCCGGUCGCUCCUGGAGGCGCCCGAGCCCGACGUGGAGGCCGAGUUGUCCCGGCUUUCUGAAGACCGGCUGGCGCGGCCUGAGCCGCUCAACACCACGUCGGGGUCUCCGAGCCGGCGGCGGCGGCGAGAGGCUGCCGAGGACCCGGCGGGCAGGGUAGCCGGACCUGGAGAGGUGUCCGACGGCUGCCGGGAGGCGCUGGCGGCCUGGCUGGCCCCCCAGGCCGCGUCCCUGUCCUGGGACCGCCUGGCUCGGGCCCUGCGGCGCAGCGGCCGCCCGGACGUGGCCAGGGAGCUGGGCAAGAACCUCCACCAGCAGGCGACGCUACAGCUGCGCAAGUUCGGGCAGCGCUUCCUGCCGCGGCCCGGCGCCGCCACCCGCGUGCCCUUUGCCCCGGCCCCGGCCCCGCGCCCCCGGCGCGCCGCGGUCCCCGCGCCGGACUGGGACGCCCUGCAGCUGAUCGUGGAGCGCCUGCCGCAGCCCCUGUACGAGCGGAGCCCCAUGGGUUGGGCGGGGCCGCUGGCGCUCGGCCUCCUCACCGGCUUCGUGGGGGCGCUGGGCACCGGGGCGCUGCUCGUCCUGCUCACGCUGUGGAUCACUGGCGGCGGCGGCGACGGCGACCGGGCGUGGCCCGGCAGCCCCGGCCCGCUCGCCACAGUGCAGGGCUGGUGGGAAACAAAGCCGCUCCUUCCUAAAGAGCGGCGCGCGCCCCCGGGGGCCUGGGCUGCAGAUGGGCCAGAUUCUCCCUCACCUCACAGUGCCCUUGCCCUCAGCUGUAAAAUGGGAGCACAGUCUUGGGGCAGUGGUGCUUUGGACGGUUUAUAAACGUUAUGAAAUACCGAAAGAGCAGAGAGUUUGUUAAUCCGUUGGAAAGGAGCAGCAAAGCCCGUGGGACUGCCGGUGGAAGAGGGGCUCAGGUACCAGGCUCCCAGGGUGGCAGGUGCACCGCCCAAUUCUUGUCAGCUUAGCUUUUUUUUUUUUUUUUUUUUUUUUU